AGUAGAGCUGAACGAGUGAGUUCAUACGUGAGAGUGGGAAGAGGGAAGAGAGAGCGACGCAGAGUGUGUGCGCAUAACUCUGCAAAACAGGAAAGGAGGCUCAAAAGAGGCUGACAAACACAUUAUGAUGAGACUUUGUGUGGACUUAAAGGCCUCCGGAUUAAGAAAUCACUGUAUUGUAAAGAACGGGAAGGAGCCUGGAGAUCAUGGAGUCUGCGAGUACUGUGUCAGCACUGGCUAACCAAUCACAGCACAGCAACUCCUCGCUGUCAGCGAGCUCUUUGGCGUACACCGGUCUGGAGCUCGUGCUGCUGGGUGUUGCGAUGGCCGUUCUUGUUCUGGCUAUAGUCUUUGGUAACGUCCUGGUGAUUACAGCCAUCCUGCGGUUUCAGCGGCUCCAGACAGUCACCAACCUCUUCAUCGCCUCUUUGGCUGUCGCUGACCUCAUCAUGGGCAUGGUCGUGGUGCCCUUUGGCUCCAGCUACAUCCUGCUGGAGCGCUGGCAGUUUGGAAACUUCAUGUGUGAGUUCUGGACAGCGGCCGACGUGUUGUGCGUGACAGCCAGUAUCGAAACCCUGUGUGUGAUUGCUCUGGACCGCUACCUCGCCAUCACCUUGCCACUUCGAUACCCAAUGCUCGUCACCAGGGGUCGGGCCUUGGCGGUGAUCCUUGGGGUGUGGGCGGUGGCUUCCCUCAUCUCCUUCCUGCCCAUCCAUCUGAAGUUGUGGGUGUCAGGGGAGGAGGAAGCUCAGCAGUGCUUAGCCGACAUGUACUGCUGUGACUUCAACACCAAUGCGGCGUAUGCAGUGUCUUCCUCAAUUGUGUCAUUCUACCUGCCGCUGGUUGUGAUGAUUUUCUUGUACACCCGGGUGUUCCAGGAGGCCCAGAAACAGCUGGAGAAGAUCAGGGGCAGGGAGAGGCAUUUCUAUAACUUGCAUUGCACCGCACAUCUGGCUUAUCCCGACGAUAGUCCUGCAAUGAAUAAACUAAGGGCAGGAACUGGGGCGGGGGAACAAGCUGGGGCGGACAGACUAAACAUGCAGACAACAGGAGGUAUGGACAUUGGUAAGGAAGAAAAGGGAGGAGAAAACAGAGCAGGGACUGAGAGAGUUGAAGGAAGGUACUCUGCCACAAAGCGGCUAAAGUUCUGUCUCAAGGAGCGCAAGGCUGUAAAAACUCUGGGGAUUAUCAUGGGAACCUUCACACUAUGUUGGCUACCCUUCUUCAUCCUCAACAUCCUCAUGACCUUCCUCCACCUGGGUGACAUCAAGCUGCUCUUCAGACUCCUCAACUGGCUCGGAUACUCCAACUCAGCCUUCAACCCACUCAUCUACUGCCGCAGCCCUGACUUCAGAUUCGCCUUUCAGGAAAUACUCUGUCUGAGGGGCAAGUGGGGAGGCUGGGGAGCGAAGAGACGGUGGGGAUGGUGCAGGGAGAGAGAGUGUUACCCGAAGCCCCAAGGUAGGACAAAUGGGCACGCCGACCUGAAUGAUGCUCGAGGGCUGGACGCUCACCAGAGGUCAGGAUGGGAGGGCAGUCUGGAGAGAUCUGACCGAGACAGCACGCUCACUCUGCCUUCCCAGGCUUCUUGCACUGUGCAGGUUUUAGAAGUAGCCCCAGGUUCUCUGACCAACCGACAGACGAACGGUUCUGCUAAUGGGAGCUGCAAGGGCAAUCCGGCUUCUACUGCUUGACCAAAUUAGAUAUUGGAAUUCACACUGAGCAGUAAACACCAAUUUGAUGAGUCUUCUAAUGUUUGUGUUUCAACUUUUGGGAAGUUUUGGGGGCUGUAGCUCAUUGUGCUGUCGGCAAAUACCCUGUUAAGUGUGCUUCUGUCAAUAGUACUGUUUUGGCUUCAUCAAACUGGUACUUCAAACAGGGUUAUCAUUUGAAGAUGUUGUUCGUCCCUUGUUGAUAUGAAAUGGAUAAGAGAAAAGUCAUGUUUUAAUGGACUGCAUAUGCUACUGAAAUACAGGAAAAAUAAGCUGUUAUGUGUAUACGGAAAAAAAGUGAAAAGGAUAACUGAUGGAUAUUCGAAUAACUAUCUAAGAGAAAAUAUCUUGUAUGCGCAUGCAUUCCACAACGCUUAUUUAUUUAAAAGCAGUCAAAUAGUAAAAAGUCAAAGUAGCUGUGUAUUACUCAAUAACAUUAUUUUACAGUCAACAAUACAGAUCGUAAAAACACUCAGUGGUUAGUUAGUAAGAGUCACAUGGGAACAUGUUUUUUUUGCAUUUUCUUAAAGCCCCUUAUGAAUAGUCAUGAAAUAUUCAUGACUAAAUGAGCAACAAUAGACGUUACACUACAUAUUAUUUACUAAGAGUUAUAAACUCAGUGAAUCUGCUUCAUUAGGACUAUGUCGCUGUGAUUUGAUCAGUUAAAAAAAACAAAACAUUCACAAUUCUCUCAUCAAUUAAUAAUGUUUCAACUCUGGCUGAAAAUUGUGUAUUCUUGUAGGAUCCAAUUAUUCAAGGUAAACACCAGAAGUUUUCAGGGCCUUUGAGGUGAAUUUUGAUAUACAUUUUGAGAUAGAUUUCAAUAUAAAUUUCAAUAUGAAUAUAUAAACUAUCAUGCAUUUUGAUGAAGACUACCUGGGCCCAAGCUAUCUCACUGAAGUCCAAAAACACUGGUGCCUUAUCAGGCCAAGUUAUUAUUUCCCAUAUAAAACCCUGAAGGCAGAAAGCACAAGCAGGGAUUUAGCACCACAUUUACAAUGCUAAUAACUUUGUCUGCCAACAACAAAUGUGCAAGCCGCCCGAAACAAAACCUCCACGAAGCGGAGAAAAAUAAAUACAUUUUGUUUGCCCUGUGGCUAAAAGUCUUAUUUGAAAGAGAGGGUCACAUUUUGAGGCUCACUUGUAAUAACCAACCUCCGACUAUCACAAAGUCCACCUGUUUUCAUUCCUUUCCUGAUGAAACCUCUUAGCUGCACGGUCCAAAAUAUUUUACUGGUGUGUAUUUAUGUGUCAGAUGGAACAUUUGAGACCCAAACGUAUCACUAUCAUAACUGUUCUUUCUCUCCCUGCAGACUGGUCCUUUCAUCAUGUAUUUUGUUGGGUCUAUUUUUCCUGUCCGUCUCUCUCUCUAUCUGCUAUCUUCUGACGCUGACAUUUUACGCUAUCUGCUUUUGCUCUUUUACAGUAAGAACAUUAUUAUCUGUCAGAAAGAGCCGGGGAGAUGGUUUUCAUUCAUGGGUCUGUUUUCAUAACAUUGUCUGUUACGCUCACUGUGAAAACAAAACAAUCAGAUGACACAUGGUUUAAGUGCUUUCUUUCUAGAUCUCUCUGAAAGAUUUGGAUCAUCUUUUUUUUUAUAAUAAUUGAGUCCAAAUGUGUUGAAAGACUUGCAUCAGAUUAAAUAAUACCACAAGACAUGAUACAUUUUGGAAAUAAUCCCCCCAGCAAUGCCUCUGUGUGUACAGGUAAUUAUUUGAUUUGCUUAAAAAUAAAUUAUUAAUAAUAAUAAUAAUAAGGAUCAAUAAUUGGCGAUUGUGUGCUGUAAAUAUGAUCUGCAUGUGUCUGCCUGUGUGUUUGUUCGUGAUUGAUGUGAUUGUUGAAUGUCCAUUUUAAAACUUGAAACAUGCCAAUUGGAAAAUGUCAUUAUACUGUUUAAUUUUUCAAAUUCAAUUGACUUUGAGAUGGAAAAAAAGUAGAAUAACUUAAUUAAGAUUUUUGAAUGCUUUCUGAAGAUUCUUUUUACAGGCAAUGUUUGCACUGUCCCGUGUAAAAAGAACCACAGUUGAACUAAGAGUUGUUUUAAUGUGCUUUUUGUAUCAUGUCUGUUAAUACGUGUCGACAUCGGAUUAGACACUUAAUUAAGCAGCACUGACAUUAAAUAUCUGCCAUUGUUUUAUGUUACCGGGAUUCGUGCGUCCGUCUUGGGACACUUAGAGAGCUGAAACACGCUUUGUUGAAACUGAAAGAUAGUUUCAGAAGCGACGGAAAGGAUUCUAUUUUCUACCUCCAACAGAGUCACAUGAAUGUCAUCUCACCUCUGUAAAUAUUUAUUCGUACACUGUUGUACAUGUUUGUGAGUAAAGGGACUCUUGAAAAUG